GCGGCUACUUCCUGAAGACUACAGGUGUAGGAGCGAGUACCGCGCCCCUUGCCGGACGGGCUGGUGAAGCUGGCAGGAUGAAUGUGGGGGUAGCGCACAGUGAAGUGAAUCCCAACACGCGAGUGAUGAACAGCCGGGGCAUCUGGUUGGCCUAUGUCAUCUUGGUAGGACUGCUGCAUGUGACUCUCCUCAGCAUCCCCUUCUUCAGCAUUCCUGUCGUCUGGACCCUGACCAACGUCAUCCAUAACUUGGCAAUGUAUAUUUUCCUGCAUACAGUGAAGGGAACACCCUUUGAGACCCCUGACCAAGGCAAGGCUCGGCUACUGACACACUGGGAACAGAUGGACUACGGACUCCAGUUUACUUCUUCUCGCAAGUUCCUCAGCAUCUUUCCUAUCAUACUUUACCUCCUGGCCAGCUUCUACACCAAGUAUGAUGCUGCUCACUUCCUCAUCAACACAACCUCACUGCUUAGUGUUCUGCUGCCUAAGUUGCCACAAUUCCAUGGAGUUCGUCUCUUUGGCAUCAACAAAUACUAAGAAUGGGACUGGGUACAGUUCCCCAGGCACAGGGAAGGCUUUGGACAAAGGAUUGUCUACAUCCUUCCAACUCUCUAUGUACUGUUUUCUGUAAUUGAAAAGCCUUUGAACUACACAGUCUUUCCCAAACUCACAUUUCCUGGGAAGAGGGAAAAUGGGGCUCCGGGACUUGGCCCUAAUAAAGGUACAUUUCUCUGGAUUAGGAAAGGUGGGCAAGGAUGAAGUUAAGGGCCAAAUAUGUCUUCUCUACAGGAGGAUGCAGUGUUUGGACAGCUUUUCAGGUGAUUACAUUUUUUCCUAUCUUCCACCCCUGCUACCUUCCAGACCUGUUUUUAUUGUGUAUUUUCUUUACAAUAAAGGUACUUUUUCAGCUA